GAAGGGCGGGGCCAUCGGGCUGGUACCAGUCACUCGUUGCCUUUACGUUCAGCGAGGCAAGAAAUACAUUUCAAACUAGAAUGGCGACCGCUUACUGCGGUCUGCAGUCUACUGGCCGUAACAGCAAACCAACGAAGGCACACCGAGAGCUCCGGAGGAAAGCGAAGGAUUCAUCAAGGAGACAAGCAGCUUUGUUGUUCCUCAAUAAUAUUUCACUUGACGGACGGCCCCAGUGUCAGCUCAGCGAUGGAAAUACCGACCAAAAAGCCGCCGAGGAGCACCGACUCAGGGACAGAGACGACGGCGACGCGGUCGAGCCCCAGCCGGUGGAUAGUCAAAGACCGGUCUCCCAGGUGACAGAACCCGCUGCGGCCGGUAGUGGCUCGUCCUCCAGUUUUGCAGGGGUGGUCAGUCCCACCCGACCUUCUUUGGUAAUGUCUCCAGGACUUGCCGGGCCAAAUUCUGUGGGUGCCAACGAAGUAUUUUUGGAGGAUGGCAGUGCGGCAGAGACGCUAACCCCGGACACCCCUAUGUCUCCUGUGCCCACCGGACACCAGCACUGCUCCCGUGUGAGGUCCAUGCCCGCCGCCCUGAGCCCGGUCCCGGCUGGUAAUUCCCUGGAUUCACGGCAGAGGCUGAGGAAUGUCUCUGGUUCUCCUGGACCCAAGGUGCCAAAGAAAGUCCACUUCAUCAAGAGUAUGAGGCAGUAUGAUACCAGGGGUUGUAGGAUCGUGCUGAUUUGUGCCAAGCGGUCGCUAUAUGCUGCUUUCUCAGUGCUGCCCUAUGGAGAGAGUGCUCACCUCAGUGAUUCUAAGCUGGAAGCUCAGAGACAAAGGCUGUCUUCUGUUGUGGCUGCUGACCUGCUUCCUUCCCUGGAGGGCGUGGAGCUGGGAUCCUAUGGCAAGACGGUGUCAUACGCUCAGUUUCUCUACCCGACCAACGCCUUGGUGAGACAGAAGAGCGGCGGAGGGUCAGACGGCUGCACAUCGCAGACCCCUCAGUCGCGUUUCCGUGUCAACGGGCAGAGGGGCUUCACGCCGGCUCGUCUGAACGCCGGCGUGACACAGGAACCAUGUGUAGAGGAGGUGACGGAGUACGAUCCCAACCUGCUCAGUGACCCUCAGUGGCCUUGUGGGAGACACAAGAGGGUUCUGAUAUUUGCGUCAUACGUGACGACCGUUAUCGAGUACGUGAAACCGUCUGACCUGAAGAAGGACAUGAACGAGACUUUCAAGGAGAAGUUCCCUCACAUCAAGCUGACUCUGAGCAAGAUCAGAAGCCUAAAGAGGGAGAUGCGGGCCGUGAGCGAGGAGUUGGGUUUGCAGCCGGUCACCACGGCAAUGGCUUUUGUUUACUUCGAGAAGCUGGUGCUGCAGGGUCGCCUCAACAAGCAGAACAGGAAGCUGGUGGCGGCGGCGUGCGUGCUGCUGGCUGCAAAGAUCAGCAGUGAUCUGAGGAAGCCAGAAGUCAAACAGCUCAUUGAUAAGCUGGAGGAGCGUUUCCGUAUCAACAGGCGAGAGUUGAUCCCCCUGGAGUUUCCGGUGCUCGUUGCCUUGGAGAUGGGACUUUACCUCCCCGAGAGCAAGGUGAUGCCGCACUACCGCAGGCUCGUGCAGCAGGGUUAGACUGGACACGGUGAAGUCUGACACUGCAGUGGUUUUGAUGAAUGACAUCAGCAAGUGUGUGUGUGUGUGUGUGGUAAGUAAUAAGGACAUUGAAUCAAAAACGAUUAAAUGUGUGUGUCUGUGCGCGACCAGUUUAUAAGCUGUAGUAAAUAAUAUUCUGGUACUAUUUAUUUCCGGUCCGUCGUGACUCGGGUCACUCGCCGUAUGUGAAGAAUAACUAGUUUACACUUGUUGGCACGUUUGUCUCUCUGAAUGUGUUCUUAAGCGUUCGUACACGUGAUGUCCUGUCAUGAGCUCUAUGUUAGAGAUGUUCAAUGAGCACAUUAAUGGUGCUUUUAUUUUUCUUCGUUUUGUUUUUUUUUUUUUUUGUACUGUUAUUUUUCGCGGUGACGUUUGUGGGGAAACUCUUUUCCCCACACCUUUCUCAGUGCUAUACACAGCCUGUAUAGUAUUUAUUAUAAACGAGAGAGAGAACCAUACUGUUGAUUUAUUUUUGUAAAUGCCUUUUAAACCCACUGUGACAUUGCAUCAUACUGAGCCAUUAGACUGAAACAUGAUACUGUAGAUUUUGGGUGGACAAAAUGAGUUUUAUUUUUAGUCUUUUAUUAGCAAAGGAAGUGGCCUUUUAUUUAUGAUCAUUUUAUAUUUGUGCUCCUCGUCCCACAAUAAUCCUUCCACCUUCACGUAUUUAUUUUGUUCUUGAACAGAAAGGCAAUAUUAGUACGGAAGCUCUGCGCUCACACUGACGUGAAACAGGAUUACGACUGCGUGUUAUUUAUUGUGCGCGUGUUCUUCUUCUUUUCUUUUCUUUCCUUUCUUAAAUGCACUGGAGUUUAUCUCCGGGCAGUCUCGCUUGUUGUGGUGUCGUUUUUCAGUUCUCAGGAAUUUUUACUUUCUCGUGUUUUUGAGCGACUCACAAACUCUAACCCAAAGAGACGCGGUGGACGGUGGCUCCGCCGCCGUCGCUCCAUUGUAAGCCAAUGGAAGGCGACUGAUUGUGCAGAACAGGAAACCCAACCAUUGUGACUCGUUAAGGAUGCGAUUAGAUGUAAGAGUUGCUCCUACAAGUGCCAGACGGUAUUAACCCCACUGCAGUACUUAAAGCGUGUAGUAAAUCGUACAAGCAUUGGAAA